AUGUCCACUCCCGUCCAGUCGACGCCAACCAAGGCCGCCCCCGGCACGGACAGCCCCGGUACCUGGAGACAUCCUCGACUGGACGAAAUAACUAGGAGACAGAACGCCACGAGUUUUGCCGAGAAAAACGUUCGCCAGAUAGCUUAUAAUGUCAUUGCCCUCCUCAUCUUGUGGAUCGUUGGAUUGAUUGCGAAGCUCAAGGUUAAUCCUCAAAUCGUUUCGAUCACUUUUCGAACUUAUCUCGGCUGGCUGUGGUUUGCAUUUCAGCUCGUUCCGUUUGUCCAGAUUGGCUUGGCUUGCCUACCGCUCGUUCGCGCCAACGACGACCUCUCCGACAUCCCCUUGACCUCUGCCCAAAGACGGCUCCUGGGACUUGGACCCUCUUCGGCCCCUCCACUGCCUGACGCAAAUUUUAGCACUCCUCCAAGAUACUCGCGGACACCUUCCAUCGCAGGCUCUGUAGGGAGCAGAGCAAGUUAUGCCAGCUCGCCACUGUCGGGUCGGGGCAGCCCGGUCAUCCAAGGAUCCUGUGGAGCCUCUGGAUCUCAAUACUCUCCUGUCGGUAGCCCCUUGUUGCCAAGGAGUAGCUUCAGCGCACUUGGUAAUGGACGACGCUCCUCAUUCGGGUCGCCGAGUACUUUCGGCCAGAGCACCUCGGCCAGCCUGUUUUCGGAACCCCCAGGGACCCCCAGCCCAUCUGGAGGCAAGCGAACCAGCGUCGGGUUGAACAGCAAGUGGCUCUACGAAAAAGGGAGGCGGCCCUCUGGAAGCAUGGGAUCUCUGAGAUGA